AUGGCGUUGAGAAACGUAGUUCUAGUGUUACUUCUACAGUUUGUUUCUUGUCAAAGACCUUACAUUGUUGUUAAUGGUAAACCAUCGUUUUGUAAAAAUACACUAUGUCCAUCAUUUACAGUAAAGAAUAGUACUGCUACGUACGAAACGAGACAGUAUGGUCCUGAAAAAUGGAUUGCAAAUGAUGUUGUUGAACAACCUCUUUUAUUUCCAACUAAAAAACAGCUGUUUAUGCCACUCGACAAAUAUACUCGAAGAAACAGGAUUCCCGCGUCUUCCCCACUUUUGGUGAAAAGUUAUAGUAAGGUGAGCAAUUUUACUAUGAUGAUGUACGUACCAAAGUCUUAUACCAGAAACCUUCGGAAUAGAGGAUAUGUCUACGUUACUGAAAAACAAAAUUUUACAGCGUAUGUGCGAAGGUCAUUUGCUGGGAAUCCAAAUUCGAUCCUCAGGUGGAAAUAUGAGGCUAAUGAAUUGAAAAAUGCGUUGAUUCGAGACAAGUUAACAUUUAAUCAUGACAUAUUUUACUCAGCUAUAUAUAGCGAACCAUGGGCAACUUGGGCCAGUCAUAACGAAAUUUGGUUUAUUGCCAAAUAA